UUUACAGAAAAUAAAUUGCUCGCUAUCGGAGCGAACCGAACGAAUUCUGUUUUCGUUUGUGACUUUAUAAAUUACAACACAAGAAAUUUCGGUGUAAAUGAUUUAGUUUUGUAAGAAUUUUAAAAUGAUUGUGCUGCAUUUAUAAAAUACGGAACAAUUUUGGCGAAAAUACGAUUUAAGCGCAAAUAAGACAUUGUCGACAUUGAUAGUUCAUACGGUGUACAUACAAAGAAAAACGAAUUGAUUGAAAUUUAGCUCAGAGAUCGCAUCAUAAACGGUAUAUUAAACUGAUUUCUUGUUGAAAUGUAACAAAAAACGAAAAAAAAUAAUGGUCUGACUGCUCAAACGAGAUAGACUUUUAACUGUGAGGUCUACAGUGUAUAUGCAUGUGUGUAUUUUACCGUAUAUGAAACCGAGCAAAAGUGGUUGGUUGAUGCAAUUUGACAAGCAAUAGCUUGAACUAAGAAUAGAGCUUAACUCGACACCCAUCGUGUUGCGAUAUAAGAUAAUUGACAGUGAAUUUAUAUCACUUUGUUGGAAAAAUAAAAUCACAUUUGACCAUUAAUGUGUUGAUUCUAAAUAUUUGAUAUAAAUUGAAUCGUUUGUUUUUUAUUCGUAUGUUUUUAUUGAAACGAUAGACAGUAACAAACUAUUCAGGUUAAGUUUGUAAAACGUGAAAUUGUAAAUAGCAUAGAAUUCAUUUUGUCUCAUUUGAAUAUUGGUGAAUAUUAAAAACGAACGGUUGAGAAAUGAGAGAUCAAAGGUUUCCAAAUGGGAUCCAUCACUGAACUAUCGACAAUUUAACAUGACACAGACACAAAUAAAAAAUUCCAUCGAAUCAGUGUCCUAUAAAAUGAGUCUGAAGAAAACGGGCCCAUCAAAUGACAGUACAACUUCUGACUCUGAUGACGCAUCCGAUUCAUCGUCAAGCAGCAGUAGUAGUUCGAGCAGUGAGGCGUCGAUCGAUCAAGAGGUUCCAUCAACGACAAAAUUUAGCAUUUUGAAAAACGACACAGAUUCUGGUCUCCGUAUGAAAAUUGGUAUACCAAAAACACUGCCAAGAAAAAGUAACAGCCCAGCUACGGAGGAAACAAAUGCCAAUCGAAAGCCAUUGAAUAAAGAACACACGGAACUGAAGGAAAGUGGUGCUGGUGACGAACAUAAAACAAUGAAAAAUAUGUUGUCAAAGCGGCAACGACGCGACUCAACAACGAAUUCAUCGUGUUGUUCAGAUUGCAGCGAUAGCGAUGAUGAUAGCGAUUCAAGUUCCAUGUGUUCAAAAAAUAAACUUACGCCAAAAUCAUUACCGAAACACAAUGGCAACAGCAAGCUACACAAAAAUGGUAACAGUAGCAUUCGAAAAAAUGUAACCGCAAAGCGAACAAUCAACCAGAAAACUGCGAAUGUUGAAACGAGCGAUUCAAACUCUGAUUCAAGUGAUGAAUCAAGUGACAGUGAAUUGGACGAACGUUCACCUUUGCCAAAGCCAAAAUCAUCGUUCAAAACGGAUUUUCUCAAAUCGACGGCCAAUCAAAAUUUAAAUACCGAUGGUGCAUCGUCAAGUGACAUGGAAAUUCCGGCUCUUGUGAUGGCGGCCAUUCAACGGUUUGAAAGUGGUUCGGAUGGUGAGGAUUCGAAAAUCGAAAAAAGCAAUAAUACACAAUACACAUCGUCACUUUUACGAGAUUUUGUUGCAAAGACCCAAAUGUUGGUAUCGAGCAAUCAAAAUUCGAAUCAUAUUCGUGACACGGAAAACGAACAAAUUACCAACGACAAAACAGUAACAAAUAAUGUGACACAAGAAACCACCGAAGUAAAACGGAAACGUGGACGACCGCGAAAAAAUCCGCCACCUGCAACUAGCACCAAUGAAUCGGCAAAUGUAAAUAGUGGAUCGCCUGAUUCUGGCAUAACAUCAACAAGUCCAGUGCCAUCAAGCAAAAAAUCAACGACAAUUGGAGCUAAGAAAAUCGAUAUGUCAACGUUGGAAAAGAGUAUUUAUGCAACGGAACGUGUACUGUAUCCACCUCGUCGUAAGAAACACAGCAAUCACCAGCAGCAAUUGGACACAGCAAGUUCAAAAAAUCGUGAUAGUCAAGGUAUCGAAAAAAUUGAUCCAGUUUGGCGAAAAAUCGAUAUCAACAAGAAAUUUCGGAGACCGAGCGAAUGUGGCUAUCGCAGUGACACAAAUACAAUUUGCAGCAAAGUAUUGGCAGCUCAAAGCGGCUACACAAGUGAUUAUUGCAAUGUAAAUCGACGCAUGCUGUCCGGCUAUAAAAGCGAUUACAGCUGUAAAAGUCGACGCAGUGGUUAUAAAAGUGAUUACAGCAUUAAAGCAAAGUCGUGUGGCUAUCGAAGUGAUUGCAGUACACGGCAUCGUCGGAAAGUUCGACGCAAACGGCGAACCAAAACUGCAUCAUCAACAAAACCAACGGUGAACGAACAAGAUCUUUUAAUGUUGGCUGGUUUAAGUUUGGGCCAUAGUGAUGAUGAUGAUGAUGACAGUAGUAGUUUUGAUUCAUCAGAUAAACCAGUACCUCGAGCCAAACCAGCAUCAAUGUCAAAACUGUCGCCAAAAAAGUCAAUCAAAAGCAAUUCGAUCUCACGAGAUGCUGGAAAGAAGGCUGCAUUGGCCGAUGAUGUUUCCAGCAACCAGUCGGAUCGUAUGCCAAAGCACAAACACAGCAACAGCAAUUUUGAUAGCAUGUUGCUUACGAUGAACGAUUCAAUGCCAACGAUCACAUCGAGCAUUUACAAAGACGAUGGCAGUUCAUUGAAAUUGGGACGAAUCAAAGCGGGUUUAAUCAGACGAAGACGAUCAUCAGCAGUAAGUCAUUGCAGCAGCCAUUGUUCGACAAUUUCAAGACAUCCAUUUAGAAGGCGUCGCAGAAGGCGACUCAAAUCCACCACCGAUCAAGUAUCCGAAGCAAAUUCAGCCAAAAUAACACAACAAAUCGAUUUGCUCACGACAUCGUUCUCUUCAAUGUGCUCCAUUAUUAUAGAAAAACCGGUACGCAGCGAGAAAGAAAAAUCUUCACAACCGGCCAAAGCGUCGGGCUCACGUCGAACGGGGAAAAAACGUAAAACAAAUCAGGAAAAUACAGAAGUGCCAACAGUUAGUUCAGCAACCACUUCCAAGCGACGAAACAAAAAAGCAGUCCAAACAAAAAGCCCAGACGAUCAUAAGUUACCGCUAAAGAAACGUCAUUAUCUUUUGACACCCGGCGAGAAAAGUGAAAAUGUCAAUGCAAACGAAAAGGAUGACGAACAAACUGAGCCGGAUAAUGAGACUGAAACCACCGGAAAGGCAAUUACGCCAAAAAAACGACACCUUCUUCAAACACCAGUCGAUUUGAAUGACGUUAUUGAUUCGACCGAUGCCACAAGCAACAGCACGUGCAAAGAUUUGCAAGAGAUUCAAGCAUCGGUCUCAGCUUCAAUAACAGGCGAUACGGUGCCAAUCAAAGGUAACUCACAAUCCAAGAAAACCGAAAAUACACGUAAAAAAGGACGACCAGAAGGUUCAACAUCAACAAAAACCAAUUCGAAUACUCAAAGUAAUACCGAUUCGAGUGCAAAAACACCGACUACCAAUAAAGGCUCUACACAACGUUCCAAAGCAUUGACCACAAAAUCGGCACCGAAAAGUUUAUCAUCAAAAUCUUCACAUACUACAGCAGCAACAACGGCCACACCAAAAUCAAAACAACUACCGCCAAAUACUCAGCCAGUUGAACACAUUGCCAUAACAAAGGCCAGCCAUUCACGCGUGAACAAUGCCCGAAUUAACAAAGAACCACCUCCAGGUGUUUUUGAACCAAGUAUCGAUUUAGAACUUCAGAUACCAUUUACUGAAAUUCCCAUUCCAUCCAUGGCAAACAAAGCAGCCAACGAAACAAAUCGAAAUGAUGGCAAAGUAUCAAAAACAAAUGCCAAUAAAGUGGCCCCUGUGAGAGUUGUGGAGAAAUUGUUACAUCGAACUGGUGCAUCGAUGAAAAUCGGAAAGAGAAAACGUAAGAAACCAAAUCGAACCGGAUUCCCGACGUUAAAAAAGAAAAAGAAACCAGCCACCAUUGCCAAACCGAUCGAAACUGAAGCAGAUCCAGAAGAUGUAAUUACGCCCAAUGUUAUUUUAGAUCACUCCAAAUUGUUGACCUGCGAACCGAAAAUCAUUUUGAAUUGUUUGGAAGUAGCUCAAUUGGAGAAAUUGACAGCAAAAUGUGAUCGUGUGCCAUCAGAAGGUGAACCAACUGGAAAUUUUAUCGAACGAAAUUCCAAGUCAACGAUUUCAACUACAAGUUCCGAUCAACAAAAAACCAAAUCAAAGCCAUUAAAUAAAAAAUCAAAAGUGAGUACAAAGACCGAUACAAAACAAAACGAAACUGAUGACGAAUCAAAACAUGGCAAACGACCGAAGUCAAAACAAAAUGAAAUCGAUGACAGUGUUGACGAAUCAAAACAUCUCAAACGACCGAAGACUAAAGAAAUUGAUCUGAAAAGCAAAAUAAAGCAGAAAGAAAAUACAGUUGAAAAAGGACCAGCUCCUCGUCGUGGUCGACCGUCUUUGAAUAAAGACGAUAGCUUACCAGCAAAAGUAUCGAAGCUCUCAAAAUCGUCCACAAUAUCUGGAGAAAUUUUGGCAAAAACAGUUACUGCAAAAUCCACAGAACGAAGUACUAAACCUAAAGUCGAUAAAAAAGAGCCUGAAUCAUCAAAAAAGGAACAAGAGAAAAUUUUGGCGGAAAAUAAGAAAUCCACAAAUGAACAUUCGAAAUUGGAGAAAAAUGAACAUCAAAUCAAAUCAGUAAAACGUACAAUAAACGGUCGAAUUGAUACAAACAAAAAAGCAUCGUCUCCAACGGAAAUGACAAAAUCUGACGAAGAGCAUAAGGGACGUAAAAGGCAACGCCGUGACAUUGUGGACGAAAACAAAGGUGAAAGUCAAAAGAAUAAACAUGAAAACCACAAGCGAACCGCUACGCCAACCAUUCACAAUGACACAAGUGCCGUGGAUAAAAAACGGGCUCGCUCCGAAAAGAGUGAAGCGGUAAAGAGUCCAAGCAAGGAUAAAAUACAACCAAAAUCAAAGCCAUCAAUACAAGAAACGGUCACAGAUGUGAAUGAUAUUGUUCCCUUCGAUGAAUGGAUUGGGCCAAUCGUGGAUGAUCAAAAACCAUUGCCUGAAGAAGAAAACGUAAAUUACGUUGAUGCAUGUGAUGAAAUCGUUCCAAUGAUUGACAGUAAAAAAUCGCAUGCCAAAUUGAAGAAAAAAUAUUUGGUGGCCGGUCUAUUUUCAAACUUUUAUAAAACGAAUAUGUUGCCAAUUGAAAAAUCGAAAAAUUCAAAUUCAAUCGAUAAAAAGACGGUUGAAGAUCAAGAGCCAGCAAGUGACACUCUUUUGCCAAUGCCAUUCUUUGACAAGUACCUGCUGCAGACACAAACCGAUUUUACGUUGCCAUACGAUUUGUGGUAUGCACAUAAACAUGACAAAUUGUCCGGUCGAAAUAUGGUUCAUAGUUGGAAUUUCAAGAAGCUUCGUACAAACGUCUAUGCCGAUUCUGUAAAACCAAUACAAUCACCAGAUUUGCCGCAAUGCAGCUGCAAACCGGAGUACGAAUGUGGCGAUAAUUGUUUGAAUCGAUUGGUGUAUACGGAAUGUAGUCCGGAAACAUGUCCAUGCGGCGAUAAAUGCCGAAAUACAAAGAUCCAAAAGCACAUUGUUGCAUCGGUUGAGCGAUUUAUGACCAAGAAUAAAGGAUUUGGCGUUAAAUCCAAUCAAGUCAUCAAGAAAGGUACAUACAUUUUGGAGUAUGUCGGUGAGGUGGUGUCUGAACGUGAAUUCAAAGAUCGAAUGGCCACAUUGUAUGUCAAUGAUAUUCAUCAUUAUUGCUUGCACUUGGAAGGUGGCUUAUUCAUUGACGGUCAUCGUAUGGGCAGCGAUUGUCGUUUUGUCAAUCACUCGUGUGAACCGAAUUGUGAAAUGCAAAAAUGGUCUAUUAAUGGUUUGAGUCGCAUGUGUCUAUUCGCAAUGCGAGACAUUCAACCUGGCGAAGAACUCACCUAUGACUAUAAUUUUGCGUUGUUCAAUCCGGUCGAAGGACAGGUUUGCAAAUGCGAAUCGAAAAAUUGUCGCGGUGUCAUCGGCGGCAAAUCACAAAGAGUUCGGCCCAUUGAAAAUAAGGAUUCAGACAAAGCCAUCGACAAGAAAAAGGGCCGACUUAAGCGUCUCAAGCAUGGCGGCGCAUCGAAGAGCAAAGGAUUCAUGCACGCAAAGGCACAACGUUCACAUUUCCAACUGCCAAGUGCCAAGGAACAAACGCUUGCAAUCGAGGGUCAUUGCUUCUUAUUGAGAAAUUUGAAAAAGAUUCGUAAUGCAAACUUAAAAAACACACCGACACAGACCAAUUCGAAUAAUCUACAAAUAUCGUUAACAGCGAAAAUCUCAGCGUUGAGAGUUCCACGAAAUAUUCGAACACGAGGUGUUACCAUCGCCGAACACGAUCCAGUCGUUGAAAAAACCGUUCGAAUCGCUGGCAUUCUACGCGAGAUUUAUGAAGAAUUGAAUAGUUUCAAAGAUGCGUCCGGUCAAUAUGCCAUUUCAAAAUUAAAUUUACCGUCAAAGAAAAAGAAUCCACAGUAUUAUGAAAAGAUAAAGAGCCCCAUUGAUUUGCAAACGAUUGAAGCAAACGUUGAAAAAGGUGUGUACGAUAGACCCGCUCUAUUCGAUGCCGAUGUGAAUCGUCUCUUUGAAAAUGCCAUCGAGUAUUAUGGAAAUGAUUCGACCGAAGCAACAAUCACAAUGCAAUUGCAAACGAUUUAUGCGCGAAAGAAAACCGAUUUAUACAAUAAAUUGGUGGCAAUUUGUGGUGAAUCGGCCGAAUUGAGUACAUUGUUAGAAACACAAUCGGGACCAUUUUUGUGCCCAGUUGAAGAUCCAAACGAAGAGCAUAUACGAUGCAUUUGUGGUUUGUAUCGUGAUGAAGGUGUGAUGAUUCAAUGUUCACAAUGUAAAAUUUGGCAACAUGCCGAAUGUACUGGUGCUGAUACAAAAGCCGAUGAUUACUUUUGCGAAAAAUGUGCACUACGUGACGUUGACUAUGAGAUUCCAUUGAAAGAUAAAACCGAAGAGGGUUUCACAUACUAUUUGUCAUUGAUGCGUGGUAAUGAUCUUCAAAUUCGUCAAUCGGACACGGUUUAUGUGCUGCGUGACAUUCCAAUCGAAGGAUCAACCGAUGGAGAUAAGACCAAAGCGACACGAAAACACACGUACGAAACAAUCGGUGAAAUUGAUCACAAUGAAUGCGAUAUAUUCCGUGUGGAACGCAUGUGGAAAGAUCAUGAUGGUCGUCGCUUUAUUUAUGGUCAUCAUUAUUUGCGACCACAUGAAACGUAUCACGAACCAACGCGUAAAUUUUACCAAAAUGAAGUGGUACGGGUUCCAUUGUACGAAGUCGUUCCUAUCGAAUUGAUUAUGGGCCGGUGUUGGGUCAUGGAUCUAAAUACAUUCUUGAAAGGCAGACCAAUGGACAGCAUUGAAUCUCAUGUAUACAUUUGUGAAUUACGUGUUGACAAGGCGGCUCGAUUAUUUUCCAAAAUUAAAAAUCCAUAUCCAGUAUGCACAAAAAAUUAUGCGUUCAAAAAGUUCCGACAACGAUUGAAAAUUACACGCAGUUAUUUGCCGCAUGAAGUUAAUACGACAGCGAUGAAACAAGCCCCAAAGAAACGUCGCUGUCCUGAUGAAAUUUCAAUUCAACCAUCGAAAAAGCCAUUGAUGCCAAUCGUUCAGCUAAUGCCACCACCACAAAAGACGUUGAACGAGAAACGAACACGGUUGGAGAAAUUCUUGGGUCAUUUGAGGGAGUCACAGCGAACGUUGAACGAAGAUGUUCAACCACUUGAUUUGUCAUAUUUGUUAACGGGACGUGGAGCAAGACGUGGAAGACGAACGACUGCAACAAAUGUGCCUCAUGUAAAUUAAGAAUGGAAAUUUGACAUACGAAAACCUCAACAAAUCAUUCAAUUGCAUCGAUUUAUAGAUCGACCAACAAAAAUACUACAUUCGUUCAUUAUUAUAACUUUUAUUCAAUUUUUCCCUCUUUGGAGCUGAACAUACAAACAAACCGUUUUUGAACAAUAUAUUUUGUUAAAAAAUUUAUAAUUUUUUUUCUCCUCAUAAUUUAUUUGAUUUUUAUUGUUUAAAUUAUGUAAUUUAUACCGAUUCAGCAAACACACAUGUAUCAUAAUAGUUGAUAGGCAUUUUGCAACUACGUUUAAUGAUGAUGAACUUUGAACUUUUUUGAAAUUACAAAUUAUUUACAUUACAAAUGUAAAAUAAGUCGUUUUAGGCUUUAAGUUUUUUUUAUACAUUAUCUCUUUUUUUCUUAUUUUUUUUCUCGUGGCCUUUUUCCGCACGAGUUCCACUUUAACUUUUCGAUUUGCCUUUUAAUCUCAUUUUCAUUUGAAAAUUUGAUCCUUUGGAAUAUUGUAAUUUGAAGCAAAAUACAAACUCAUAAAAAAUAAAAUAAAUUGUUUCUGAAAAAUUUGAUUAGAUAAAA